UUCUGUGCAUUAGUACACAUGGACCCAUCAGUGAAUUAUUACAACAAAACUUUUCUUUACAGGCAAAUCCUUUUCCAAAAAUCCUUUUCCAAAUGUCUUUGUUCAGUUCUGCUAAACUGCCAGUUGAAGCAGACAGGUUUAACAGUAAUUCCUGUGAGGGCUGAAGGCUUAGAUUGUGGUUUGGCUAUAGACUAGAUUCCGCCAUACCUGACACUAUACUUCUUUGACUGGUUUUUCAGGGUGGUAACUGUAUUUCACUAUAUUCCUGAACUUCUGCUGAAUCACUGCUUUAUUUGCAAUGAAUGGGGCCUUUCCUACCAACGCCUUGCGGCAAUAUAUCAGCAUGGAGCUAGGCAGUAAAGGAUAUACAAUAGCAUGCACAGUUGCACUUAGUGUUAGAGUCCACUAUUUAUAUACUUCCUUUUUUUUUACUAAAUAGAAACUUUGUUGGUCAUAAAGCCAAUGGGCACUUGGUAUCCUGUAAUAUCAUUCAUCAAAUCGUCAUGUUAGAGGUUCAUUCUUCUUGCUUUGAGAGUAACAUUGAGAUAAAGGUCAAGAUAAUAUUUACCUAUCCUUGAUGAGAGGAUACUUUGAGAAACAACACUCAAUCAUGUGGAUUGGAGCAGGGUUGGAGGAGGAAUAUAAUAAAAGGGAGAGAGUAAAAGAAAAGCUUUCAGAAAGUUUUUAGACUCAAUAAAGAAUCAACAGCAUGUGUAUCUCAGCAGUGAGUGUGGUGCUGUUACUAUUCAUUUUGUGGAUGCUUGUGGUCCAACUCUGUAGACAGACUGACAGGCAAAGUGACAGAGAUGCCAAAGCAAGCAACAAACCAGAAGCUGCUGUGCCCAAACUCCUGCAUUCCCUCUCUAAGCACUUCCUUCCUCUUUCUACCGCUCUUCCUGGUCCAUUCUCUCUCCCUCUGCUGGGCAAUAUGCUGGAUCUCGCUCAAGAUCAUCUGCCCAUCCACUUGACUGCACUGGCACAUCGCUAUGGAAAUAUCUAUCGGCUCAACUGUGGCAGCACAACCAUGGUGAUAUUAAACAGUAGUGAGAUCAUCCGCGAGGCUUUGAUUAAAAAAUGGUCUGACUUUGCUGGGAGGCCUCAUUCAUACACAGCUGAUAUAGUGUCAGAUGGAGGGCGAACCAUUUCUUUGGGUGAUUUCAGUGAGGAAUGGAAGGCUCAUAGGCGUGUGGCACAUAGUGCUCUGCAGCGCUGCACGACUGAUUCCCUGCACUCUGUCAUAGAAAAGCAAGCACACCAUCUCUGUCAGGUGUUGCGGGACUACAAAGGAAAAGCAGUGGAUUUGUCUGAAGAUUUUACAGUGGCCGCGAGUAAUGUCAUCACAACACUAACCUUUGGCAAAACUUAUGAUAAGAGUUCAGAAGAGUUGCAGAAGCUGCAGGACUGUCUGAAUAAGAUUGUGUCUCUUUGGGGUUCACCCUGGAUCUCAGCACUGGACUCCUCCCCUCUGCUCAGGAAAUUACCCAACCCCCCAUUCUCUCAUCUCAUGAAGGAGGUAGCCAGACGUGAUGAACUGAUAGGGAAACACAUAGAGGAGUUUAAGAGAAGUGACCAUAAAGAAGGCGGCACACUGACUUCUUCACUUCUGCAGUGCGUUGAACCACAAGGAGCAGCAAAUCAAAUGACUCUGACAAACACUCAUGUGCACAUGACUAUAGUGGAUCUGCUAAUUGGAGGGACAGAAACUACUGCUGCCUUGCUCAACUGGACUGUGGCCUUCCUUUUACAUAGGCCUGAGGUUCAGAAUAAAGUGUACGAGGAGCUGUGUGGUGUGCUGGAUGUGCGGUACCCUCAGUACAGCGACCGUCACAGACUGCCGUAUCUGUGUGCAUUGAUCAAUGAGAUGUUGAGACUACGACCUGUAGCUCCCCUAGCCGUGCCUCACAGAGCCAUACGAAACAGCAGUAUUGCAGGCCAUUUCAUCCCCAAGAAUACAAUAAUCAUCCCUAAUCUGUAUGGUGCCCACCAUGAUCCAGACGUUUGGAAUGAUCCAUACAGCUUCAAACCAGAACGCUUUUUGGAAGGUGGUGGCGGGUCCCUUCGUGCCCUGAUUCCUUUUGGAGGGGGAGCUCGACUGUGUCUGGGAGAGGCGGUAGCCAAAAUGGAGAUGUUUCUCUUCACGGCUUAUCUGCUGCGAGACUUUCAGUUCCUGCCUGCCAGUAAAGAAGAGCCUCUGCCUGACCUGCGAGGCGUCGCCAGUGUGGUUCUUAAAGUCAAACCAUACACAGUUAUAGCACACCCAAGAGAACAGUAACUGAUUAUGAAUAGUGUCGCAGGAAUGAGUUCUAAAACCCACAAGCAUUUUUGAACUUCCAGUUUAAUCAUCCUGAUGUCAAGG